AUGGACAGCGAAUGGUUUCGAGGCCAAGUUUUCUUUCUCACUGGAGCAACUGGAAAUCUUGGCAGUUGUCUGUUAUACAAGUUAGCGGUUCAACUUCCAACCGCCAAAAUCUUUGUGCUAGUGCGGGGGUCUGUCCAAAAAGCAAUUGAAGCAUGGGAGAAGUCGAUGCCAGAGCAAGUGGAAGAGAUUGUCACCACUUGCAAAGUCCAAUUCUUUCUCGGUGAUAUGACCCAGCCUAAUCUCGGUCUUUCAACUGACAACUUGUUACGGCUACAAAAUGAGGCCACAGCCGUGAUCAAUGCUGCUGGUGACAUUGCAUUAUCACGAGAUCUGGCAGAGACUAUACCAAUCAAUUGCACUGCUCAUCGUACACUGGUUUCUCUACUAGACAGUUUCACACAUUUACAGCGCUUCCUUCACAUUUCAACUACAUACGUCGCCAGCUUUCUGCCUGAUGGCGUGGUCAAGGAACAAAUCUACCCUCUAUACGAAGACCCGGUAGAGGAACUAGGAAAAAUCCUUGUCACAGGGAAAUCGUCCUAUACCACACAAUUUGCGGCUCCCUAUGCAUUGGCCAAACACCUGGCUGAACGGUUGCUUCUGGGUGGCAAUCACGAAUUCCCCAUCCUCAUUGUGCGACCAUGCCUCAUAUCACCAGCUGUUGCGGAGCCCUACCCGCUCUACGGCAGCGAUGGUGCCAUACCCGUACAUUCCUUCAUCCAGAUGCUCCUAAGAGACUCAGAAUAUGGGCCUCUGAAACUCGAGCAGACACUGCCUUCACACGCAGCCUGUAAUGAGAUCCCAGUUGACCUCGUGGCGCGGACUUGUCUCGCUCAUGUUGCUGAGGGAACGACAGGUGUGGUCCAUGCUAGCGCUGACCUGUACGUCUCCUGGUCAAUUGGAGAGUUGCUCGAGCGAAUGCGCCGCCACGCGCCAGAGGGAGCGGUCAAUCAGGUGCGCAAGGCUGGGAUCGACCACGGAGAAGUCACGGCUCCUGAGUUUUAUACCAUGAUCCAGCAAUUUGCCCGGGACUGGAAGAUCGAAUGUACGCGAUCUGCUCACUUGAAAUACGUGGCUGGUCCGUUGGGACUUGACCUUGGCGAUCAUGACCCAGAGAGAUUCUUUAAACUUCGUAUCGAGCGAUUGGCCAAGAAUCUUUUUGAAAGACUGGAAAGUGCUGGUGCGGCAAGGAACAAGGUGUAUCCGAAUCUCUCUUGA